GACAGUACCCCUUGGUCCCCUCUCCCUCACUACUCGCUCAGCAUGAGGUCUGAAACUUGUUUUUUGAUCAUUGUUCCCCCCCAAGUUCUCCCUCCACGGGAGAAAAAAAGGACCCAAAGAGGAGGGAGAUGGGGAGACCAGGAGCAGCCAAAUUAAAGAGGGAGGGAAGAGGAGCACACAGCCAUGCUUUAGGAUUAUGAAGGAAACAUACUGUUUAACUAUUUCUGUGUAGGACAGGUCACAUGUUGAAUGUUUGUGGAGCGCCACAGUAGGGAGAUCACAAUUAUCUCAGGGUAUGGACGGCACAGUGGAGCUGCAGUAGAGGUUUGGGUCUUGCAUCCAGGAAGUGUUGACUGAAGAUGCGGGUCAGUGCGUGGCUGCUCUGGGUGUCCUGGUUCUACACCUGGGCAGAGUACACACAGAGGUGCAAGUGCCAAGACAUCUGUCCAACGGAGUCAGGAUUGGACAAGAGGUCAAAGAGCCGGUUCAAGGAGCAUGUUCGUCACGGUGCCGGACACCAGCACACGCCUCACAGGAGCAGGCCACACCGAAAAAAAGGAUUCAGAAUUCAUGCACAGGAGACGCUGCCCCGUAUCACCCACCACCCCUCUGAUGUAGUGGUGAAAGCUGGGAAUCCUGCCUCACUCUCCUGCCGGGCAGAUGGCAACCCAAAGCCGACCAUCGAGUGGCUGCGAAACGGGCAGCCUCUGGAAAUGGCAAAGGGAGACGCACAUUUGCAGCCCUUGGCUUUGAUAGAGGGGAGCCUCUUCUUCCUGAGCGUGGGAGAGGGCAGGCGAGGUCAGUCGCACGAGGGCAUCUACACCUGUGUGGCUAGGAACAGUGCAGGCAAGGCUGCCAGUCGUAAUGCAUCGCUGUACAUCGCAGUGUUGAAGGAGGAGUUCAGUGUGCAGCCCAGUGAUGUGGAGGUGGCAGAGGGGGAGGUGGCUGUCUUAAACUGUGAACCCCCAGUAGGACACCCUGAGCCUAAUGUCAUGUGGAAGAAGGAUGGCCUGCCUAUCAACAGCACGGAUCACCGCUACACUGAGCUGAGUGGGAAGCUUAUCAUCGCUCCUGCAGAGAAGAACUACUCUGGUGCUUAUGUGUGUGUGGCCAGCAACACUGUGGGAGUGAGAGAGAGCAGGGCGGCUCGGCUCACUGUGCUGGCUAAGCCUGUGUUGGUGCUGAAGCCAGAAAACGUGUCUGUUAGACUGGGAGAGUCUGCUCAGUUCUUCUGCCGUGCUAAAGGUGACCCCCCGCCUGUUGUGGUCUGGAGCAGAGAGCAGGGGCCACUGCCCAACGGCAGGUAUCUUGUAAACCCCGACCAGACUCUUCAGAUCCACUAUGUGUCAGCCCAGGAUGCUGGGAUGUACACCUGCACUGCUGUUAAUGAUGCAGGUGUGGUCACUGCCAGCGCACAGCUACUAGUUGACGAGGCUACCAGCACCAAACAGAGAGACCUCCACAAAGAGCUGUCAGCCCUGCGAGUUGCUCUGGAAAAUGUCACCAUCAUGGCCCCUGGCUCUGACAAAUCACAAGUACAGUGGAAGCUCCAGUCCCUCCCAGCUCAGCCUCAUUACCUCGAUGGCUUUGAGGUUCUCUACCGCUCUCUGCUGCCUGCCAGCUCGGACUGGGCAGCAAAGAAGGUGACACUGCCCAGCUUCCAGACUCAGGUGGGCCCCUUAAAGAGAGGCUACAAGUAUGAGUUCAAAGUUCGGCCCUAUGGCAGCAAUUUGUAUGGGAGGGAGAGCAACACCCGGCACCUCAGAGUCCCUGAGACAGUGCCCAGUGCCUCUCCUCUGGCUGUGUCCAUAACAGUGAGCCACGAGCAGAACAACACUAUCCAUUUGAGCUGGGAGCCUCCUCCUCAUGAAACCCACAAUGGCAUCAUACAGGGCUACCAGGUAUGGUGUGUGGAUUCUGAGGAGCAGCUGUACCAGAACUGGACAGUGGAUAGUGGCAAACACAAGCUUGAUAUCUCUACUCUCAGACCAGGGAAACAAUACUGGAUCACCAUAGCAGCUGUCAAUGGAGCUGGAGUCGGAAUAAUGAGUGACCCUCAUGGAUUUGUCAUCAAUCCACAAAAAGGUAGUUCCUCUGAGUCAGACAGCCAGAGACAGGAUAUGUCUCAGGUCCUGGCACUGCUUCAGGACCCUGUGGUGAUCGGCAGCAUUGGUGCCCUCCUGUGGUGCAUUCUGAUGGUUGCAGCUGUUUGCCUCUUCAGACGCCACAGCAGGACAGGCCACCUGAUACCAGGAUGUGGCAGGGGUAAAGGUUUGCACAGACUAGCCAGUGAAGAUCUCAUCAUAAAACACAGGAUGGUAGCUCCAGACUCCCCUUGGAUCUCUGGAGGCUGGAGACCUGCCUUCAGCCAGAAGUAUCAGGAUCUAUGGGCCCAAGGUCAGAAACAUCCAGGGAUCAGGAGCACCAGCCUCCCUGUGUCCUGGAAGGACCCCAGCUGUGUGGACUCAGCUGUCCCAAUUGUGACUGACAGCUGCGGCGUGUAUGGCACUUUUUACGUGGACCUGAUGGGCAACGGCCUCAAGACCUUCAACAGUCCCGGGCGUUGCCCUAAAAUGCCUCAUGGUCCUCCCCAUCCACAAGGAGCUGAGACCAUCCCAAUAUUCCCUCAGCCUGUUGCAAAGACCUCACCCCUCAGUAGCCGGGAGAUGCUACCAUGGAAACAGGCCAUACGUCCCCAGCCCAGGAUGGGUGUACUGAGGGAGUCAUGGGAAAAAAACCACGGCAAGCAAGAGUUGCAUGCAGUGAACAGUGUCCCCGUAGUGCCAACCAGGAACCAUGCUUGUCCAUCCAGUGUCUACAAACAGAGGCUCAGUCACAUUCCAUCAGGCCGCCACGGUGGACAUUCAGAGUGUGAGAAAGUUACUGGCUGUCCUCGCCUGCUGCAUUACUCUGCAUCAUUUCAUCUACUGGACAUGCUGCCCCCCCCACCACCAAUGCCCAUAGAGGACACCACGGACACACACAGCCUCAGCUCAGACGAAGGCUCCAGUCGUUCUACAAAGUUAACAGUGGACAUGGGCUCUCUGCAGUCAGUGUGUGCUGCGUCAGGCCACCGUGGGAAACCAGGACCCUCCACUAACAACAGCAGUUUCCCUUCCUACAACCACCUGUCUACAUCAUAUUCAAUGGAUGACGAACAGGGUGGCACAUUGACAGCACAGGAAGCCACCCAGUAUCUGGAGCUCAGCCCUAAACCUGAGAGAUGCAGCAGCGCCCUGCCUCAGCAGCAUCCGUCCCUGCCAAACCCGUUCUCCCCCACCCUGGGCUACAUCUGUGGGACUGGCCGCUCCACUCAGCUGGAGGAUGACUCCACCACCGAUGACCCUGAGGCGCCACCAAUAGGCUUGCGACGUGCCCGCCUCCAGAGCACACCUUCCUCCUGCUACAGCGAAUGGGACAGCUCACUGUGGAACACCUGGAGCUCAGCAAUGGACAGCAACAUGGCCAGCGCUCGCACCAGCCUCAUCAGCUCGGUGGACAGCUGCUAUACUAACGACAGCGCCAACUUUGCCCGCUUGCUGGCUGCGGCAGCGGAUACCAUGAGUGGGGCCUCUUUGUCAGACUUCUCUCCACCGGCCUCCCCCCUCAGCGCCUUGUAUCCGUCAUUUCGUGCAGAGGGCAACUCGUACGGCGAGCUGGAGCCUGUUCCUGCAUGGGACUGGAGCAUGGCGUGGGUGGAAGAAAUGGAGGCUCAGUACAGAGCUCACUACCCUGGCAGAAACACCAAACCCUUUGACACUUAGGGGACUCUGCCAGGAAGGUAAAAGAUACAACGUAACUAAAUUUUUAAAAACUUCAGAAACACCUCUCAGCAGUGCCAGAUCUACAGGACAAGACGGGACAGACAUGACACUGAAACAGUUAUAGGUGUUGGAGAGUUCUGGAAUUUUGAGGUCUGAAUAAUUCAGGGUUUGAUGUGUAGCGAUUUCCCUGUCAGGAAAAGGUAAAUAUCUGGAUCUGAAAAAUAAUUGGAGCCAACGCCUUGAUGUUUCAGAUGCCUCUGCUCGUAGAUGCAUGCCUGUUGUUUGUCUGUAAUAGUUUUCCCAGUUUACCUCAGGGCUGUCCAGCUACUAUUUUGCAUCCUUCAAAUGACUUCCAUUGAGAUUCUAAAGUUUUCUUCCCUCUCUGUAUCCUUCCCGCUCAUUAGAGAAUAGGAUAAUGAGAUACUUCCCUCGGGAUCUUCUCACCCAGUGUGUUUUGAAAAGGCCAGAGAGACACAGAGACAGGAUUCGAGACAGUGAGAAAGCAGUCAUUAGGCAGAAGAAAUACAGCACCGGGGUUUUCCUCACAGCACAUGUUUGUUUCUUAUUUUUUCAUGUUUGUUGCAAAAUUUUAUUAGGGCUGAGGUCCUACCAAAUAGAGCUUCGCUUAGGGAUUCUGUACAGACUGUUUUACUGAUCAAGUGUAUAUAUUCAGCAUAUUCAACAAAUGUUAUUUAAAGAAUUUAAAACAUUCCAAAUCAUUUACUGUCUUCCUGAUUGUUUGGUGAUUUCUUUUAUAUUUUGGGAUUUUUUUUAGAUUUAAUUUUUUAUUUUUUUUUACUUGAUACACUCGUUCAUUUUUCAAGGUGAGACACCCCAGGUGAAAACAUAGUUCACCCAUACACUGAUCAAUUUUGAGUUGAGAUUUUUGGCUAUUUUGCUUCUUUAAGAUGUUGUCUUUUAGACUUGUGGAAAGAAAAUGUCCAAAAUACACAUUUAGAUGUUUAUAUUAGUUCAAGACUGUGUUCUGUCAUGCAAAAAGCAUAUAUUUAAUUAGAUAAUGCCACAUUUAAAGCAUAUUUAAACAUAAAAUUUCUGAAAACUUGUAAAAUAAAAAAAAUAUAUAUUUUUAUGUAGAUAAUUAACUGGGGAAGAUUAAUGGUGAAAUCUUUGUUAUAAUUUUGACUCUUACAUCCACCAAGCUCUCCAGUUUGAUUCCUGUUUACAUUCUGAAGGUUUUUAUGGAGGGGUUUGUUCAUAUAUCAUUCACAGCCUGAUUUACAACAUUUUAUUCCUAAAAACAUGGCAAAAAUAGAUUUUUUUUAUGGAUGUUGACAGUAUUUUCUGCUAAAUAAUGUAAAAAUUAAGAUAUCCAAAAUUCUCUCUGUAUAAACCUUGAAUCUGUGUCAACAAUAAUUUUACACCUGGCUCUAUCCAAUGUUCAGAUUUUUGUUUUGAAAAUAUGUGAACAUAACGUUUCUGAAAAACCUUUCUUAAAAGAAUUGUCUUAAUGGAAGUAACCAACUGGGGAAGAUUUAUGUAGAUAUCUUAGUUAAAAUUCUACUUGUUUUAUUUUUGUCUAAAAAUGUAUGAAAUUUUAUAGUCUUCUCCAAGCCCAAAAUCUCCACUUCAGAAACACUUACAUACACAAAAUUUUCCAAUUUUAUUCCUAUCUAUAUUCUAUCUACAGAGAGGCUUGUUCAAAUAUCAUUCAUAACCUGAUUUAAAGAUCAUUUUAUUCCUAAAAGCAUGUGGAUUUAUUUAUGGCUGUUGGCAGUAGUUUCUGAUUUAUGAAGUGAUAAAAAGAGAUAUCAAAAAUUCCCUCUGUAAAAAAUGUAAUAUUUCAACAAAAUAAAACAAAAUGUGUGAAAAUGUAGGGAAAUUAGUGUGUCUUUCAUUAGAUAAUGCCUCAUUUGCAUGUUUAAACAUAAAAUUUGAGACAACUUUUUUUAAAGAUUUUUUUUUGGGGGGGGGGGGGCUUUUUGCCUUUAAUAUACAGGACAGUGUGAAAUGGGGAGACAGAGAGAUUGGGGGGACGACAUGCAGCAAAGGGUUGCAAGCCAGAGUCAAACUCACAACCGCUGCAGCGAGGCAUCACCUCUAUACAUGGGGCGCGGCACUAUCCACUAAGCUAUCGACGCCCCAAAUUUGAGACAACUUGAUAUACAAACAAUAAUUGUCCUAUUGUAAGUAAUCAGCAGGUGGGGUUUCAUGAGGAUAUCUAAUAGUUAAAAAUGUUACCCUAUUUGCCUGGGGUGUCUCCCUUUAAUGUUACAAAAAAAGUUUGCAUCAGACAAAACAUUAUUUUUAAAAAGUUGUUUGGUUCACAGUUAAUUGAACUAACGUGAGGUUUGCCCUCUAAAUAACUUAAAUUUUAGUAAAAGAGUAUUUCAAAAGUUAAAGUGUUGUAUGCAUGGUGAUGAUUUUUUUUUAUAUACAUAUAUAUAUAUUUAGAAAAUCGCUAAUUGUAGUGUAAUCAAGGUUUUUCUUUUUAUAUACGAAUUUGCAUUUUAUUAUGUCCACAUUAAAGUUGUGUUUUAUAGUUUUUAAUAAAAUCUUUGAAUUAAUUGAAAUCUUUUACAGAAAGUUUUACAUUUUGCAAGGACUUUACAUUUGGAAUGUGUCCCAGCUGAUCUGUGAAGUCAAAGUUGCUGCCAUGUUUCACAUUGUACUCAAAAAUGUUUGACUGAAGCUAAAAUUAUUAUUUUCCCUUG